CACACACACACACAUCCAUCCAUCCACCCCCUGCUCUCUCUCUCUCUCUCUCUGUGUGUGUGUGUGUGUGAGUGUGUUCGUGUGUGUGUUAGAGUGUGUGUGUGUGCCAUUGGUGUGUGUGUGUGUGUGUGUGUGCCAUUGGUGUUUGUGUGUGUGUGCCAUUGGUGUGUGUUAGUUUGUUCGUGUGUGUGUUAGUGUGUGUGUGUGUGCCAUUGGUGCGAAGGCGAGGCCCGAAGGGCCGAGCCGAGCCUGUCUCUGUGUGUGGGUGUGUGUUGUCUGUGUGUGUGUGCAUCCCAUAGGCCCCCACACACACGCAUCCACCGUCUGCACACACACACUCUCUCUCUCUCUGUGUGUGUGUGUGUCACCCAUGCGAGGGCGAGGCUGUCUGUGUGUGUUGUCUGUGUGUGUGUACAUCCCAUAGACCCCCCCUUUCACCCCCACUCACCCCUGCACUCAUCGGUUGUCUCUCACUCUCUCUGUGUCCAUGGCUUUUUUGCUAACUUCGUGGUGCCGUGGAUGGACGAGUAUUGACUGUACAGCUUAUCUACAAGAUGUUCUGUAAAGUGCCAACGCCCAUCGCCUCCAUAUUCGGCCUUUCCACUAGGUUGCACCUCUCACCACUUCACCGCACUGAACCCAUCGAUACCCCCCGUGCCGCAUACCCACUUCUCACACACGCAAGGCCAUCCGCUCAAACUCACCACGCGCACAGCCCAUCACACCAGCAGUCAUUCCCCGGCCGCCCCGCCCCCCUGCAAUGGGAAAAAGCCUCCAAAGCCAAAGUAUUAGGGCUGGGGUGUAGGGUUUGCGAGCUUAAAGGUGCAGAACUCCUCCCCCGAGUCCUGACGAAGUGGCUGCGGGCGAGCAGCUGAAGCUCAUUGGGACACACGACGGCGUCUUCCACUGCGAUGAGGUGACGCACCGCGUGAGUGCCAGCCAGGGCUGUGACUUACUUGUCGGUCGCAUGUCUGUGAUAGAUAGUACUGAUUGUCGGUGAGUGAGUGCAGGUGUUGGCGUGUGCACUGCUGCGUCUGCUGCCCGAGUACGAGAGCGCGGCAGUGAUCCGCUCUCGAAAUCCUGCCUACCUCGACAAGGCCCACACAGUGGUGAGUGAAAGCACACUCACGCAAGGCUUCGGCGACUGAGUGUUUCCCUCCCGGCAAUCUGUGCACCUGACUGCUACUGCCCCUGUGAUGCAUUCAGGUCGAUGUGGGUGGCGUCUACGACGCGGCCGCCCGUCGCUUCGACCACCACCAGGCAGGAUUCGCCGACGUGCUUGGUGGUGGGUUCGAGACCAAGCUCUCGUCCGCCGGCCUUGUCUACAAGCACUACGGCAGACGCGUCAUCGAGACGAUCGUCGGCCCGCAGGCCGCCGCCGCCGCCAUUGACGUCAUGUACAAGAAGAUCUACCAGUCCUUCGUGGAGGCCAUCGACGGCAUUGACAACGGGAUCGAGGUGGCGGACGGGCCGCUGAGGUACAAGGUCUACACGCAACUGAGCGGACGAGUGGGUCAGAUGAACCCGCGAUGGAACCAGGAGCAAUCGCCCGGGCAGAGCAACGCGGCCUUCAAGCGGGCGAUGCGACUGGCGGGAGAGGAGUUCGUCAGCAGUGUGGUCGACUUGUGGGACUCGUGGUGGCCGGCCCGCGAGAUCGUCAAGUUGGCGUAUGGGAACCGGCACAACGUCCACUCGUCCGGGCAGAUCGUUCUGCUCGAGAGGUUCUGCCCAUGGGCCUCCCAUCUCUUCGACAUCGAGCAACAGCAGCAACAGCAGCAACAGCAAGGCGGCUCUUCAAGCGUGCCUCCAGUGGUGUACGUCAUCUACGCCGACGUGAAGGGCUCGUGGCGCGUGCACGCCGUUGCCGAGGAGGAGGGCUCCUUCACGUCGCGCAAGGCCCUUCCAGAGCAGUGGCGGGGGCUGGGGGAUGAGGAGCUGAGUCGUGUGAUGGGCAUAGAGGGGGGAGUGUUCGUGCACGGCACUGGGUUCAUCGGGGGCCAUGCGACGAAGGAGGGAGCGAUGAAGAUGGCCGAGAAGGCACUCGCUGCAUGAUGGGCUAGGCGAUUUGGCCUAUUUUGGCGGUCUGUUGUGCUGCACGCUCAGAAACGUGGGUGGCCAGCCAACCGUUUUCAUACUACAGUGGGGGUGGCGAGACAUGAGAAGCGUCAGAAGUGGGCGUGUGGUGUGUGGGAGACAUGGAGAUCUGACCUUUGAUGUGAACAUGCCG